GGGUGCAAUUGGGUAAAGUGAGACAACCUCAAUGGUUUUUUUUAUGUAUUAUCCCUGUAUAAUUGCCACCACAUUUGUCUACACAUCUCUUUUUGAGUCCCUAAUUACUCCUUCGUUAUCAAGACCCCAAUUAAGAGACGGUCCAAAAUGGAGCAAAAUGCCAUUUAUAUACAGUCUCUUGCAUCCGCUGGGGAGAAUAAUUCUUCUGGGGCUUGAACUGUGAAUAGAAAAUAUUUGUCGAGAUGCCGUCGCUGGGUAACUACACCACCGACAGCACAAAUGGACAUUCAAAUAUAUUUGGGCAUGAAAAAUGUGAUGCCUAUUUACUUUUCCAUUUAGAAACUUUUUUAGGCAAAGGCUUUCGGGCUUUCUUGUACUUUUUGGGUCUUGCCUAUUGUUUUGUCGGAUUGUCAGCUAUAACUGCUCGGUUUUUCCGGUCAAUGGAAAGUGUUGUUAAGCAUAGUCGAACUGUAGAGACGCUAGACCCUCGCAGAGGCACGAAAAUCGUCAAAGAUGAAAAGGUGUGGAAUUACACAAUUGCAGACAUCACUCUACUGGCAUUUGGGACUAGCUUUCCACAGAUAUCUUUAGCUACAAUUGAUGCAAUACGAAAUAUUGGAAAUUUAUAUGCUGGAGGUUUAGGUCCGGGAACACUUGUCGGCUCUGCUGCGUUUGAUCUAUUUCCGAUACAUGCCGUUUGCGUGGUGGUUCCUAAAGCUGGAGAAUUGAAGAAGAUAUCAGAUAUUGGAGUCUGGCUUGUAGAGCUCUUUUGGUCUUUUUGGGCCUAUAUCUGGCUGUAUAUAAUUUUAGAGGUCUGGAGUCCAAAUGUUAUAACUUUGUGGGAGUCUAUCUUAACAGUGUUGCAAUUUGGGCUAUUGCUGAUUCAUGCGUAUGCACAGGACAAGCGUUGGCCCUAUUUAUCCCUUCCUAUAGAAAGAGCCGAGAGGCCAGAGGAGUGGGUGCCUGCGGAGGCUGCUAAAUAUAGGCCUCUUGACAAGGUUCAUGAUCCACACUCUGAAGUAUCUCAAGUUGGUGAAGAAGAAAGUAGCGGAAUUGUUGAUAUUUUUUCCAUUCAUUCAGGAGAAGGGACAGCAGCUCAUUUUUAUCAAAACUUAGCUGGUGAAGAUGUCACUGAAUCGUCCACGCCCCGUAAUGGCAAUAUCAUUCCUGAAGAAUCUGAUCUCCUCUCAAUUUGGAAGCAUCAAUUUGUGGAUGCUCUCAUGUUGGAGAGUGUGGAAUCCAGAAAAUUGAAUAAUAUAUACCUACGUCUCGCAAGAAUUUUCUGGCAGUCACUUCUUCUACCGUGGAAGCUUCUUUUUGCGUUUGUGCCACCAUAUCAUAUUGCCCACGGGUGGAUUGCUUUCAUAUGCUCGUUGAUAUUCAUCAGCGGAAUAGCUUAUGUCGUGACAAAGCUCACUGAUUUGAUAAGCUGUGUUACAGGAAUAAAUCCGUACGUCAUUGCAUUCACAGCUUUGGCAGGUGGAACCUCAUGGCCUGAUCUCGUGGCCAGCAAAAUUGCUGCAGAACGGCAGCUUACAGCCGACUCUGCCAUUGCUAACAUUACCUGCAGCAAUUCGGUGAACAUCUAUAUAGGCAUCGGUGUACCCUGGUUCAUCGACACAUUGUACAACUACAUUGCAUACAAGGAGCCACUACGAAUAGAGAAUGCAGAAGGACUAAGUUUCUCUUUGCUUGUUUUCUUCUCCACUUCCGUAGCAUGUAUCGGUGUUUUGGUGUUUAGGCGGCUUACUCUCGGUGCUGAGCUUGGCGGGCCAAAAGUUUGGGCAUGGGUAACUUGCAUAUUUUUCAUGUUUUUAUGGCUCAUAUUUGUUGUGCUAUCAUCUCUCAGAGUUUCCGGGAUCAUAUAGCAAACUUAGUCCAAAUCAAGGUUUUGCUAAAUAUCGCUGGUUCGUUCCUAGCGAGGUCCGCCCUCAUGGUUAUGUACACUUGCAUAAUGCAAUACAAUUGUGCACGCAAUUUUCUUUAGUCAUUGUAAUGAUCAAUGAUAUAUAAAGAUGUGACUUAUUGAAUUUCUUGCAAGAGGAGAGUUACAAAUGUGUUAAA